UCCUGAGUAGCCAGGAUUACAGGCAUAUAUCACCCACCUGGUUGAUUCUCCAGAUUUUUCCCUAUAAGUCUUUCCUAAUUCCCCCAGACUAAGUCAGAUUCCCCCGUCUCAUAUUCUUAGAGUUCAUGUGUUUCCCUUUAUAGCCUUUGUCUGAAAUGUGGUGAAAUAACGGGGCCUAUAGCUCCUUUACUAUCUCUUGCCUGCCUGCUGGUAUAUAAACUCCCUCGAAGCAGGGACCACAUUUAUCACGGUCUCCACAAUAGUCCCAGAGCCAGGCACAGGGCCCGGCACGUAAACGUGGGGCAAAUGAUACUUCUCUCUUCCAUUUGAAUAAUUACUGACUGAGUCCCUGUUCUGUGCAACAUUCUUCCCUGUGUGCACUUUAUUAGCGAGAUAGGGGAAGCCGUUUUCCAUUGGAGAACACAAGCUCAGGAAUGGGAGGCGAUCGAUCGCCCCCCACCAUACUUUCCAUUCGGCAGCAUCUACUGAACUUGACCCAGACCAGCCUGUAGAGUGCUUCCUUCAUGCUCUGUUUCCACGAGAAGUCUUUGAAGAGGGCAUUUAUGUUGGCAGCUUGCUCUUCCCGUUCCUGUCCAGCCCUUUAAGCAUCCACACCCCACAAGGGUGUGACCUCCUCCUCCCUCCCCUCCUCUGAAGGUUUGGUCCAAACAAGGCUGCGGAGUGAGCGCCCUGAUUAAACCAUUCCCUGACCAGCAGGGGCUGCCCUGUGACCAAGGUGAGCCACCCAGGCACCUCCUCCCAGUCUCCUAGGAGUGAGCCUGUGCCGCCCCCUGGGCAGUGCCCCAGCCAUCUUCCCUGGUGGGAUUUUCCUCCAGCCGCCCACACUGGACAAAAGCCCCUGGAAUUGGAGCCACUCUAGGCUGAAACUCUGAACUGCAGGUUUAAGACUUGGUUGCAUCAGGAGCUUGGGAGGCAUCCUUCCUCCCUGUUACCUCUGGUGCCCCCUGCUGGGCAAAAAUGAAUGUGGGGAAACAGAUGCUUCCUGUCUCCCGUUAUCUGGCUCCAGCUGUAGGUCUCAAAUAGGACAUCUGAGGCUUGAGAUGAAUUCACAUCAAAGCCAGCACCUGGAGGGAUGAGGAAGAGUGACCACUUAUAAACUUGCAGCUGUGGGACCUCGAGGACCACUGGUAAAGGGCAAUCUUCCUGCUCUGCACCACAGGAAGGCCGAUAGAAGAUCCUCCCUCAGGAUUAGGCAGAACGCGAGGAGAAGGUCCAGAGACCUUGCCCACGCCCUCUGCACCAGCACGGCCUCCGUCCUGCCUCCUCAAGGCCAUCUCAGCUGUCAGCUCAGCUCUGCUGCCAGCCCCCGAGCCUCUUCCCAAUUCAAUGAUGAGGCAAGUGUGAAAAAUGGAGCGUAAUAGAGACGUCACCAGAUCUCCCAGGCCUUUAACUGCAGCCGCCUGCUCUCCAUCCAGCUGGAACUGCCAGAGGCCAAUGAGGAUGCUUGCCUGUCCAGCUCACUGCUUUUCGAAAGAGGCAUACAUCUCCCUGGGGGCUUGUUUGUGCAUGCAUGUGUGGUGUGUGUGUGUGUGUGUGUGUGUGUGGUCAGUGCGUGCACGCAAGACUGCAAGCUGUGAGGCACCCUGGCUUUGGGGGCCCAAACUAGCCAGCUUCGCUUUCCGGAUCUGCUGGCCUAAUUCCCAGCUGCAGCUGCCACCCUGGGUCCCCUCCCAGAGGCAAUCUCCCAGCAGAUUUGGCAGCCGGGAAAGGAGGGGCCGAGGGAAGGGGAAAGAAACAGAGAGAGGACUCGCUCUAAUCUGAUGUAGAUGAUCCCGCAGGCUUCUCAGCUCAGCCGCCUUCUGCCGUCAGCUCUCCAGGCGAUUUUCUCUGUGUACCGCACUCUCCUCUUCUGCCUUUGUCUCCUUAAGAAAGUGCCCAGAAAGUUAAACCCAGGCGCACAAACACACGUACAAUCCACCUCCCCACCCCAGAAAAAUCAGAGAGCAAGAACAGGCAGACGAGUAAGAGAGCACGCGCGCAAGGGAGAGGGCUUGGCUCCGUCCUGGAGGAAGAGUGACACAGGCAGAGGGAGGCUGGGGUUGGCCGUGACCCGGACUGAGGUCUCCCCAAGGAGCCUUCUUCAUGGACCCAGGGAUCCCACGAGGGGCUGCUUCAACUUAGGAUGGGCAACUGUGUCAAGUCGCCACUGAGACAUCUCUCCAGGAAGAUGCACCAAGAAGAGAAGAGCAGCUACGUGGUGGUGCAGAACAGCGAGGAGGGGCUGGCGGCCAGCGGCGAGCUCCCUGGACCACUCCUGAUGCUGGCCCAGAACUGCGCCGUCAUGCACAACCUGCUCGGCCCCGCCUGCAUCUUUCUGCGCAAGGGCUUUGCUGAGAACAGGCGGCCUGAUAGAUCACUGCGGCCAGAAGAGAUCGAAGAGCUCCGAGAGGCCUUCAGAGAAUUCGACAAGGACAAGGAUGGCUACAUCAACUGCCGGGACCUGGGCAACUGCAUGCGCACCAUGGGCUACAUGCCCACUGAGAUGGAGCUCAUCGAGCUGUCCCAGCAGAUCAACAUGAACUUGGGUGGCCAUGUGGAUUUUGAUGACUUCGUGGAACUAAUGGGGCCGAAACUCCUGGCAGAGACAGCAGAUAUGAUUGGCGUAAAGGAACUGCGGGAUGCCUUUAGGGAGUUUGACACCAAUGGUGAUGGGGAGAUAAGCACCAGUGAGCUGCGAGAGGCCAUGAGGAAGCUCCUGGGCCAUCAGGUGGGACACCGAGACAUAGAGGAAAUUAUCCGAGACGUGGACCUCAAUGGGGAUGGACGAGUGGACUUUGAAGAGUUUGUCCGGAUGAUGUCCCGCUGAGGCCUCGAGGGCCCCGCCAGGACUGCCAAGCUCCCCAGGUGGGGAGGGGAGAAGAGGAGCCGGAGCUCGCCUCGCCCCGCCAUGCCGCAGCCGCCCCGAGCCCAGGAUGUCCUGGCGGAUGGGGCCUGCCUGCACCCGGGGGAGGUGCCUACCCCGGACCCCCACCCCUCCGCACUGUGAAAGACUCACAACUCCUGCAACUGGAAAAGGGGCGCCCACCAACGGGGAGGCCACUGUGCCAAGCCGGCAGAGGUCAUGCCAGGCGCCAAGUGCCAUGUCCCCAGCCGCCGCUGGCUGGGUGGGCCAGCAGACCCCACACAGCAUGUCUGCCCCAGGGCAGAGCCUCUCGCUGCCCUCCUUAGCUCUGUGCCCGUCCCAGCUCGCCUCAGCCCUGUGAUCUCAGAACCAAUAAAAAUAUUUCCGAGAGAAUGACA